GUUUGGCAGCAGCGAAAUCGGCUGAAGUCACAGGUAGCCGGCAAACACUGGACAAUCGUCGCGUAGCAACGUAGAAGAUUUUCUCGUACGACUUAAAGGGGUUGAAAAUCCUUAACCACAGUGAUAAUUUUUUUGUGAGUGAUGGUGUCGAUGAUAGAGAUGGAUGACGGGUUGAUGUUGACGUUUCGGCCUGCACAGGUCGACUUCGAUGCCAUCGAUUUUAAUAACACGAAUAUUUUGAUAGCCCCCGCGGGGGACACUGCAGUCAGUGCCGUAACAGACCCGGAAUACGAACAGUUUUUGGCCGACGUUUGGGUCGGGAUAGUUUUAACCUUAAUGGUACUCAGUUGUGUGUGCUUCAUGUGCAGUUGUCUGAUUUAUCACAAGUUUCAACAAUGGAAAGCAAGAGUGAUGGAAGCCAGAAACACAGCAAACCUGGAAGCUGCGGUCAUAGAAAGUGAGCUGCCCAGCUACACGAUAGCUUCGGGGUUGCCUAGCUACGAGGAGGCAGUGGAACAGUUGAAGAAGGUGCAACGGGUGGUUCCCGCGAGCAAAACAAACGAAAACUGGGUGCCCAGGACACCGCCCACCCCGAUACAUUCCCUAUCGGUGGCCAAUCUGUUUAACCAAUACUACAGAGGCCAAGAACAAGUGAAACCCGUGACGUGACAGCCUGCUAGAUUACGACUUGAAACGUCAAAAUUCAGUAUUUCGAAUUGGUGGAAUUGUUUUGUCUAGUUGAACGAACCGAUGUAUUAUUAACUUUUUUUACAUUACUUUUGUUGACGACUGUACCAUGAUGUUUGUGUCAAGUAGAGUACGCAUAGUUAAAAAUAAUUGUAUUACUAAAAUGGCUGUGUUUAGGUUUAGCUAUAAAUAAAUAAAUAAAUAAAUAAAUAGUUGUAAGAGAUGAAAAAACAAAUAAAAUCACUUUGUACGUACAUAUUUACUUGCGUAAUUUACAUAGAGUGUGAAUUUAUUUAACUAAUUAAAAAUAAAACCGCGUUUUACUUAAGAAGCAAGUGAUAAUUUAAUUUAAGUCUGAUGGCGACUUUGUCUGUAAAUAUUUGUUAUUUUAAUACGAAAAAUUAAAUUUUGUCUAAAAUA